AUGGCAUCCCCCACCCAGGCCGCCGACACAAUCGUCUCCAACCUCGAAUCCCUCUCAAAACUCCUCAUAACCACAACCACCCUACAAGACUGGACCUUGCAAACCACCCAAGGCCGCCUCUUCCUCUCCCACCUCACCCUCGACUUCCACAUGGCCUUCAGCACCUUCACCGACACAGAAACAAACAUCUUUCAAUUCUUCGAGAACCAUCGUCAGAAAUUCGCCGAGCAUCCGUGGUUUACCAUCGAGCCGGUUAGUGUGUAUACGGAUAUCGACUUGGGGACGAAUCUGGCCACUGUGUAUUUGAAUAUCUCGGUUGCGGAGACGCCGAACUCGCGCGUCGAUGGGUAUAUGCAGUUUCAGUGGGCGAGAGAGGCAGAUGCAUGGAAAAAUGGCGACGAGGAUCACAGCUUGCAUUGGGCGGGUGGUCCGCCGUGGCGAUGCUACAAGAUUCACAUGAUGAGGGGAACUCCGGCGUUGUUUGGAUGA